AUGGACAUCGAUCUGAGCAGAAGGAAUAAAAAACCCCGCCCUUUGCUAGAAUCCGAACGGGACAGGCUCGAAGAAUUCAUUGAUUCUAUUCAUUAUUCAGCUAGAUACUCGGACGAUCAAUUCGAAUACCGGCAUGUUCAACUUCCCAAAAACAUGUUGAAAAAAAUCCCACCCGACUAUUUUGACAGUUCAAAAGGAACGCUUAAGUUACUGUGGGAAGAUGAGUGGCGAGCGCUGGGAAUUACGCAAAGCCUGGGCUGGGAACAUUAUGAAGUGCAUGAACCAGAACCACAUAUCCUUUUAUUCAAGCGCCCCCUGAACUACCAGCCCCCAGUAUCGCAGUAG